AUCUGCCAUGUCUACCGAGUUGGGUAUAUCCCGUAUUGUCAACAUGGCCGCUGGGUCUCUCAUGACUUCACAGGAGCUGUAUGGUGAAAGUAUUACCAUUCUACUCAUCACUGCUGAGGACAUGGAGUCUUAUGAUCUCUCUCAGCAUUUUGAUGAAGUAACGGAUUUUAUUGAUAAAGGGAAGGAGGAAGGAGCUGGAGUGUUUGUACACUGUAUGGCUGGAGUGAGUAGAUCAGUCACUGUAUCUGUUGCUUUCUUAAUGAAAUAUUGUAAUAUGACGCUAUCAGAGGCUGCAAGACAAGUCCACAGUAACAGACUCCUUGCUUGUCCUAAUGUUACUUUCAUGAGAAACUUGUUUAACCUUCAGAAGCAAUUAAAAGAAGAAAAACAAAAGAAGGUGCUGGGGAAAUCUUGAUAGAAGAAUCACACAUUAAUUCGCUGCACACCAUAUAUUAUAAUUAUUAUAUAUUUAAAUUAAAUUAAUUAUUGCUGAUAAAAAUUAUUGUUUUUU